CACGGUUGUUUGGGUUGCAAACAGGGUGAAUCCAAUAAAUGACUCUUCUGGCAUGCUGAUGGUGACAACCACUGGUGAUAUUAAGCUUCUGAGUCAGAAUAUAACUGUUGUUUGGUCAGCUAACUCAACAAAAGCAGCUCAGAAUCCUAAACUGCGGCUCCUGGAUUCUGGCAAUCUUGUUUUGAUAGAUGACAGCGAUGUUUCGGGAGCUUACUUGUGGCAAAGCUUUGAUUAUCCAUCUGAUACACUGCUACCAGAGAUGAAACUAGGAUGGGACUUGAGAACUCACCUUAACCGGCGUCUCUCAGCGUGGAAGAACUCUGAUGAUCCAUCUCCUGGUGACUUUACUUGGGAAAUUGAACUACAAGGCAGUCCUGAGCCUGUGCUCUGGAAAGGCUCAAAGAAAUACUACCGGUCUGGCCCCUGGAAUGGCAUAAGGUUUAGUGGUGCCCGUUUAAGUCCUGAAAACCGAGUUUCCAGAAAUGAAUUUGUCUCCAAUGAAGAUGAGGUCUACUACAUGUUUUCCCUCAAAAACAAGUCUCGGCUCUCAAGGGUUGUUCUGAACCAAACUGACUACAGAAGGCAGAGAUACACAUGGAAUGAAGAAACUCGAACAUGGAAGCUUUAUUCAUACUUACCUAAUGACAAUUGUGACAAUUAUGGACUUUGUGGUGCAUAUGGGAAUUGUGACAGUACUCAAGCUCCAGCUUGCCAAUGUUUGAAAGGAUUCAAGCCUAAAUCACCAGAUGGAUGGAGCUCUGGGGAAUGGUCUCAAGGAUGUGCAAUAUCAAUUAGGGGUAAGCAAGGUAGACAGUUAGUCAAAUUUAUAGCUUUUGGGGCAAGGCAAUGAGAUUGAACAUUACGGGGUGACAGAGGGCACAGGAACCUUUAAGCAAAAGCCAAAUUACUACUCUGGGGUAUGGCCCGUAUUGGGUGGGGCUCUUAUAUGAAAUCAUGAAGGAUGAUGGUAACUGAGGGAGAUGGAGUAGGUUCCUGAUGGUUCAAGAGAAAAUCUGUCUCAGAAAAUGGAAAGUUUCCUCUUGUUUGUUGGUCAUAAAUGGUCCAUAAAGACAUGUGAUAAAGACAGUUAUAAAGU